UUUUUUUUUUUUGUUUGUGAACCAGAUAAAGGGGCGCGGAGAGGCUUUAGUCGGAGUCGGGAUACGGGAGAAGAUCGCCGGAAGAUGACGAUCGGGGAUAUUGCGCCGAAGAAGGAGAGGAAGUCGCGGAGGAGCAAGGCGGUCGUGGACGAGAACGCUCCGCUGUUGCCCAAGAGGCAAGACGAGGAGGAGGCCAGCUUCGAUGAGUUCAAUGGGGCUUCCUUCACCGGGGCGGUUUUCAACCUGUCCACCACGAUCGUCGGUGCCGGAAUCAUGGCGUUGCCGGCGACCAUGAAAGUGCUGGGUCUCGGCCUGGGGAUCGCCAUGAUCGUCUUCAUGGCUUUCCUGACCAAUGCGUCCAUUGAUAUGUUGCUCCGGUUUAGCAGGGCGGGCAAAUCCGUCUCGUACGGUGGUCUCAUGGGGGAUGCUUUCGGCAAGUACGGGAGGAUUCUGUUGCAGAUAUGCGUCAUGGUCAACAACAUCGGUGUGCUCAUCGUGUACAUGAUCAUUAUCGGGGAUGUGCUGUCCGGAACAUCUUCGAGCGGGGUUCACCAUGCUGGUGUUCUUGAAGGGUGGUUUGGAGAACACUGGUGGAAUGGCCGUACCUUUGUUCUUCUUGUCACGACACUGGGAAUAUUUGCUCCUUUGGCAUGCUUUAAGCGAAUAGAUUCAUUGAGAUUCACAUCUGCCUUGUCUGUUGCACUGGCAGUGGUGUUUCUUGUUAUCACUGCGGGAAUUUCAAUCAUUAAAUUGAUUUCGGGAGGCGUUGCAAUGCCCAGAAUGCUACCUGAUAUAACUGAUUUGGCAUCAUUCUGGAAUCUCUUCACUGUAGUUCCUGUUCUCGUCACUGCAUAUAUCUGCCAUUACAAUGUCCACAGCAUCGACAAUGAACUCGAAGAUUCCACACAGAUAAAGGCAGUUGUGGGAACAUCACUUGCUCUGUGCUCGUCUGUGUAUAUAAUGACUAGCUUCUUUGGGUUCCUCCUCUUUGGUGAUGGGACACUUGACGAUGUGCUUGCUAAUUUUGACACCAACCUUGGCAUUCCUUACGGUUCCUUGCUCAAUGAUGCUGUUCGUGUUAGCUACGCAGCGCAUCUUAUGCUUGUAUUUCCCAUCGUCUUCUAUCCACUGCGACUGAACAUGGACGGUCUUCUCUUUCCCUCUGCAAGGCCACUUGUUUUAGUUAACCUGAGGUUUACAUUGCUCACAACCGGUCUUAUCACUGUAAUAUUCAUGGGUGCAAAUUUUAUCCCCAGCAUCUGGGAUGCUUUUCAAUUUACUGGAGCGACAGCUGCUGUUUGCCUUGGGUUCAUUUUUCCCGCUGCUAUUACUCUGAGGGAUCAUCACAGCAUAGCAACCAAGAAGGACAGGAUCUUAGCCAUUUUCAUGAUUGUUCUUGCCGUCUUCUCAAACCUGGUGGCUAUCUACAGCGAUGCUUAUGCUUUGUUCAAGAAGCAUGAAUCUCCCCGUGAAUGAUGGCUACAGCAUCUGGACUUGGUCAUGUGGAGAACGAGAUAGCAAUGGAUGCUGAGUCAACUUUAAUAACAGAGAAGACAUGGGAAUCCUUACUCUGUAGGAUUCAAACCCGGAAACGUGUCGCGCCGGUCAUUGUACAAAUCUGCUAGUUUGAAAAAUGUAUAAAGCCGUGUGAGGACUGGGGUUAGUAUUGUUGUCUUCUGCUCGAUACUGCUUUACCAACUAUAGACUCGAAAUAAUAGUGUUGUGAUUUAGACUUUA